UCGCGGAGUGGAGAGUAUGUCUACGAACACAGAGCUUCUCAGUCUACGUUAAACUUCUCUCCUCCACAGUUGGACAGGAUCUCCGAGUGUUGCCACGCAUGGAGAAAAAAUGUCUCACCACGGGGAAAACUUACCGCUUUGGCUCUGUCAGAUUUUGUCAGUUUCCCUAGUUGUGUGUCUGACCACUGGCACCUCCGAAUUUUUCAAAUCAGCUCGCGAGGAAAAAAUACAGAUCCUGGGCGACGUGAUAUUUGGAGGAUUAUUCCCCAUGCAUGAAAAAGGACAGCAUGGUGACAGUUGUGGAAACAUUAAAAAAGAGAAAGGUAUUCAGCGUCUAGAGGCCAUGCUUUAUGCUGUCGACAUGAUCAACAACAACGACAACAUUUUGCCCAACCUGACCAUAGGUGUGCACAUAUUGGACACUUGCUCGUAUGACACAUACGCACUUGAACAGUCCAUGGAUUUCAUCAAAGCACAGUUAAGUUCAAUUGAUCUUACGGAGUUCCAGUGUCAAGACGGGAUGCCUCCCAUAUCUGCCCCCCUGAGACCAGUUGCUGGGGUAAUAGGGGCCGCUUCCAGUCCCGUAUCAAUCAUGGUGGCUAACAUAUUACGACUUUUUAAGGUAAAUUCCCAGAUCAGCUAUGCGUCGACCAGCAUUGACUUGAGCGACGAGACGAGGUUCGAGUACUUUUCUCGAGUAGUGCCUCCAGACUCUUACCAAGCCCAGGCCAUGGUGGAUAUUGCCAAAGCCUUGGGUUGGAAUUACGUAAUCACUGUGGCUGAUGAAGGCAACUACGGCGAAAAAGGAAUAGGUGCAUUUGAGGAGAAAGCAAAGAAAUCGGGAGGUGUUUGUGUGGCCCAUUCCUUUGAGAUACCACUAUCUGUGACAGAGGACACCUUUGACAAGCUGAUCAAGGAGAUGUUUGAAGUGGAUAAAGCUCGGGCUGUCGUCAUGUUUGUGAACGAGGACAACAGUCGGGGAUUACUCCAAGCAUUUCUUAAAAGUAAUCGUAGUCAAGAUUUUGCCUUCCUGGCCAGUGACAGCUGGGGCAAAAAGAUUCAUCCUGUCCACAAGCAGGAACAAGCAGCAGAGGGAGCUGUGACUCUCCUACCGAAAAGGGUAGUUGUACCUGGAUUCGACAAUUACUUCCUGCAACUAAAUCCUAUUCAAAACAGAAGGAAUCCUUGGUUCAAAGAAUACUGGGAGGUGACCUUUAAUUGCACAUUUGAAAACAAACCCAAAGUAGAUCAUUGUACAGGUUUAGAGACGUUUGCAGGUCGUAACAUCGUCUAUGAACAAGAAGGGCUGGUCCAGUUUGUGAUCGAUUCCGUUUAUGCCCUGGCACAUGCCAUGGAUGCAAUGCUCUCUGCUAAGUGCAAACGGGAGAAAUCUCUUCAGACCUGCGUAAACCACAUGACGAGUAUGGCUGGCGAGGAUCUGUUACAUUACAUCCGCAACGUUUCAUUUACUGGUGUUGGUGGUAAUCUCGUUCAUUUCGACAUGAAUGGCGACGGGCUGAGUGGUUAUGACAUCUUCCAAUUUAAGAAGAAAGAUGAAGGCUCCUAUGAAUAUGAACUUGUUGGCGAAUGGACAGACGGGUUGUUCCUGAAUGCUAGUCUACUGAGAUGGAAAGGGACGUCGGGAACCCAUCCCAAAUCCGUCUGCAGUGACCCGUGUAAGUUCGGUCACGCGAAAAGUACCAGAGGAGAUUCGUGCUGCUGGGUUUGUAUCAAGUGUGGAGAUUACGAAUACCUGGAGAAUGAAUCCACUUGUACCAAGUGCCCGGAAGGUCACAAGCCAGAUCCGACCAAAAGCUCAUGCAUCAGACUACCUGUCCUCCAUUUGGAAUGGGACAGCCUUUGGGCCAUAUUUCCUGUGGCUUUCUCCAGCCUUGGAAUGAUGUGUACUAUCUUUGUCCUUCUCGUCUUCAUCCGCUACAACAAGACUCCGGUGAUUAUGGCCUCUGGUCGCGAGUUGUGCUACAUCUUACUUCUUGGGAUAUUUCUAUCCUAUGGAAUGUCGUUUGUAAUUCUCGCCAGGCCGUCGAUCAUCAUCUGUACUGCCAAACGCGUUGGGUUGGGUGUUUCUCUGUGCUUGAUAUACGCGGCAAUGCUGACCAAGACCAACCGGAUAUACAGGAUAUUCAACAGAGGUGUGAAGGCCAUGGUGAAGCGGCCUAGCUACACUAGCCCCAAAUCACAAAUUGUCAUAUGCUUAUGCCUAGUGUCCGUACAAACGGUAGGCGGCAUAACAUGGUUAGGAUUUGAAGUUCCUGACACUCUUCUAGUCAGCCAAGGGAAAGAUGCUGUUGUCUUGAAGUGCAAGGCCUCACAAAUAGCAGUGGUCAUAUCCCUGUUUUAUAACAUUCUGUUGAUAAUAUUUUGUACUGUGUACGCUUUCAAAACGAGAAAAAUACCACAGAACUUCAAUGAAGCCAAAUACAUUGCAUUUACCAUGUAUUCAACUUGCAUUGUUUGGCUGGCGUUCAUUCCUAUAUACUUCGGAGCCAACAAUGACUUUAAGAUCGAGCGCACUUCCUUGUGUAUGUGCGUAAGCAUCAGUGCUGCCGUAGCUCUGGCGUGUCUCUUCGCUCCUAAAGUAUACAUUGUGUUGUUCCAGCCGCACAAAAACGUUCGUCAAGUCAACAACAACAGCAGUACAACACAGAAAAGUACGAGCAGACCACAGUUUGCGCGUACACAAAACAAAUUUGAAACAUGUGUAACCUACAAUGGGAGUGUUGUGUCAUCUGAAAUUCAGCGAUCUCCAGAAAAUGUUUUCCAAGACAGUUUUGAAGAUUCCUCGUUUGACGAAGGAGUUGCCAUGCAGACGCCAUCUACGUGAGAGUUACUUCCCUUUACUGUGCUCAAGAGUUCUCUCCCUUCCAAAGCUCAUUUGUUUUCCGCCAGUGCAAAGCAAACGUUUUUUAUACAUUUUCAAUGACUUGACCAUCAAGAAUUGAGAAACACUACAUUCUCCUUUGAGUUUUUUGAAAAACUGUGGAGCAACGUCCAUAAGACUUUAGAAUCAUCGUUGUUUAUUAAUGGUAAGUGAAAAAGGCUGUAAAUGUCUGCAUCUAGACAUUUUUGUUAUAUACAUGUAUUUUCACCGCUGACUUUAUAUUGGGUGCAUGCACGCAUGAUUUUGUCCGCCUUAGUGUCAUGUCCGAAACACCUGACCAUUUUAGAUUAAAAUUAUUUUUUUUUGUCUUUCUCUUCUUGUUCAAGUACCACAGUUGACAUUAUAUUUAACACAUUGAAAACUACAUAAGUUUGACCACAUUACCAUUUACAGUUUUAUGACAUAGCCUGUACUCAUUAAGAUCAUCGCAACAUUCAGAGUGACUUCAUUACGAUAGAUUUGUACCACUCAAUACAUGGAUGACCUAAAUAUUGUAUUCUGUUCUUGCCACAGUUUGUUGUUGUAUCGACUGGUCACUAUUGGGGAAUGAUAGUAUCAUGAUAGUUGCGUUCAGCGAUAUUUCUGCGUUUCCAAGAUCUGGUAUUUUCUGUGAUAAAUGAAAAUAUGACAUUCCAAGAGAGGUGUGCAAGAUGUUGUCACAACGAAAUAUUGGCCAAAACAAGUCUGACGAUAUGGACGGUGCCAUUGAAUUCUGAGAAUCACCGACUGCUAGAGACAGGACAAAGCGAUGGGUUUCAAUUUAACAUUUAUAUGGCCUACUGUGACUCUGUAUCCUGCUUUCGUCGCUCAUGUGAUUAGUGUGACACGACCUGUUCCUUGAACUGUGUCGCAAAAUCAUACGAUAACA